UAACCUAGCCAUAAAAAGGAUCCGAGGUGUUGAAAUGAGCUAGUUCUCUAUUGUCCAGCUUGGCCAUCUAGAAGAAGAUGAAGCUCUUUCCAAUAGGCCUGCUACUUCUUUUAGGACUUGGAUGUAUAGCUGCAAGAAAGAGAACAUAUUACAUUGCAAUUAGGGAAAUACUUUGGGAUUAUGCUCCUUCUGAGAGGAACAUCAUUUCUGGUAACACUAUAGCUGAUGAUGAACAUGCAUCUACAUUUUUAUUGCGUGACACAAACAGAAUUGGCCGAAUUUAUAAGAAAGCUGUUUAUCAACAAUACACUGAUGACUCCUAUACAGUAGAAGUAAAGAAGCCAGACUGGCUGGGAUUUCUGGGCCCCAUUAUAAAGGCAGAGGUUGGAGACACCCUUAUUGUCAAUCUUAAAAACUUUGCUUCUAGAACAUACAGUUUGCACCCACAUGGGGUUCAGUACACAAAGGAGAAUGAAGGUGCCUCCUACCCAGAUAAUAACCCAGACUCAUUGAAGAAAAGUGCUGAUGUUAAGCCAGGGGAAUCUUUCACUUACACUUGGGAAGCUGUGACAGAUCAAGGGCCAACAGCUGAGAACGAGGCUUGUGUGACUAGAGUCUAUCAUUCACAUGUUGAUGGACCAAUGGAUGUCUAUUCUGGUCUUGUUGGGCCUAUGCUCGUAUGCAAAACAGGUAAAAUGAAGGAAGCAGAUGAAAAAGACUUUGAUGAGUUCAUCCUAAUGUUUUCUGUAAUAGAUGAGAAUUUGAGUUGGUAUUUGGAUGAAAACAUUAAAACAUUUUGUACUGAACCGGAUUCAGUUGAUAAAGAAGAUGAGGACUUCAAGGAGAGCAAUAAAAUGCAUUGCAUCAAUGGAUAUAUGUUUGGGAACCUCCCUGGGCUGUCCAUGUGUAACAACAAACAAGUUAAAUGGUAUUUGUUUGGCAUGGGAAAUGAAAUAGAUAUUCAUGCUGCGUACUUUCAUGGACAAGUUUUAACCCAACAGCGUUACCGUGUAGAUACUAUUAGUUUGUUUCCUGCAACAAUGGUCCAGGGAGAAAUGUUAACAAACAACAUUGGAAAAUGGCUUCUUAGCUGCCAAGUUAACGAUCACUUAGAAGGUGGCAUGCAGGCAAUUUACGAAGUGAGAAACUGCACAAAACCAAAGUGUGAACUAAUGGGAAAAGUUCGGCACUAUUACAUUGCAGCAGAAGAAGUAAUAUGGAAUUAUGGUCCAACAUUAAAAAAUCAAUUUACAGGACAGAACUUAGAUGAUCCUGAGAGUGAGUCAGCGCCAUUUUUUGAGCAAAAUGAAGCACGGAUUGGAGGAUCCUACAAGAAGGUUCUUUAUGUGGGGUACACAGAUGCAACUUUUACAAAAAGGAAAGAAAGGUCUGAAGAAGAAGAGCAUCUUGGACUACUUGGACCUAUUCUCUUGGCACAAGUAAAAGAUAUUGUCAAAGUAACAUUUAGAAAUAAUGCAAGCAGACCAUACAGUAUCCAAGCACAUGGAGUGAGCUACACCAAAAACAUGGAAGGAGCUUCCUAUAGAACCAGCAAUAUUUCUGAAGAGAACAAGUCUCCUACACCUGCUUCCCAUGUGGAACCUGGGGAUACAUUCACAUACGAAUGGUAUAUACCAGACACUUUUGGUUCCACCCCACGUGACCGGAACUGCUUACCAUGGCUGUACUUCUCAUCUGUGGAUCCUAUUAAAGACACCAAUACUGGACUAGUGGGUCCUUUAUUAGUAUGCCGCUCACUUAAAAAUGACAAACAGGUUGGCAUAGAUCACCUCUAUUUUCUUUUGUCAGCUGUAUUUGAUGAGAACGAGAGCUGGCUUUUGGAUGAAAACAUACGUUUAUUUACAAGCAGUCCAGACAAAGUAAACAAAGAAGAUCCAGACUUCCAAGAGUCUAAUAUGAUGCACUCUAUCAAUGGUUACAUGUAUGGAAAUCAGCCUGGUCUGGAAAUGUGCACAGGGAAUUCAGUUCUGUGGUAUGUGAUGGGCAUCGGGAGCGAGGUAGACAUGCACGGAAUCCACUUUACUGGAAACACUUUUACAGAUCACCAUUCUGGAAGAAGAGAUGUAGCAAGUGUUUUCCCACACAUUUCUAUUUCAGCUUUCAUGCGACCUGACAAUGCAGGUGUUUUUGAUGUGAAGUGCAUGACCACGGACCAUUUUACUGGUGGCAUGAAGCAACAUUAUCGGGUUAAAGAUUGCAGCAGCCAGAAGAAGUCUAAAAUUGUAAUCCCAUUUAGACAGACAUAUUACAUUGCAGCUGAAGAAGUAGAAUGGGACUAUUCUCCAAAUCGCACUUGGGAACAUGAGAGACAUAAACACCAUGACGAAAGUCUAGGAGAUGCGUUUUUAAAGAAAAGUGAUACAUUUAUUGGUUCUAAGUAUAAAAAAGCGGUAUAUCGAGAAUAUACAGACAAUACAUUUUCUACACCCAAAGCAAGGACUCAAGAGCAAAAACAUUUGGAAAUUUUAGGCCCGCUUAUAAAAGCAAAUGUAGGAAGUCAAGUUAAAAUCAUCUUUUAUAACAAGGCAAGCAGACCAUAUUCAAUAUAUGCCCAUGGUGUAAAAACAGAAGGGGAUUCAGUCCAGCCUGCUGAACCAGGGCAAAAACAAACUUACAUCUGGGACAUCCCUGAGAGGUCAGGACCUAGUCACAAUCAUGAUGCAAAUUGUGUGACAUGGGCUUACUAUUCUAAUGUGAAUCAAAUUAAGGAUACUUACAGUGGAUUGAUUGGCCCUGUUGUAAUUUGCAAGUCCUCACUUCUUCCAAUAAAGCUAUUCAUGCCAAAAAUUAAAAGAUUUUCACUCCUUUUUAUGGUUUUUGAUGAAAAUGAAUCCUGGUAUUUGGAUGAAAAUAUCAAAAUGUAUUCCAAGCUUCCUGAUAAGGUUAACAAAGAAGAUGAAGAUUUUAUUGAAAGUAAUAAAAUGCAUGCUAUAAAUGGAAAAAUGUAUGCAAACCUACUUGGUCUUACAAUGCGAGUUGGAGAUCAUGUCAACUGGCACCUGAUCGGAAUGGGAGGCGAAGUGGAUCUACACACGGUGCACUUCCAUGCACACAGCUUUAAUUUUCAGAAAGAUGGCACAUUUCGGUCUGAUGUGUUUGAUCUUUUCCCUGGGACAUUUCAAACAGUUGAGAUGGUAGCAAAGGUUCCGGGCACUUGGCUACUACACUGUCACGUGGCAGACCACAUCCACGCAGGAAUGGAGACAUUGUAUACUGUGCUGGAAAAAGAUACAUUUAGUGCAAAUGUAAAGAAGACAUAACCAAACUCCAGUCUUCACCAAGUUGUACAUCUUUCACACCAUUUCAAUGACAAAUCGCAAGAGGAAAACUUUGAAAAGAAGAACGAGUUUUGGAACUUUUCUCCAAUCCUGCACAUUGAAAGUUUUGGCGAAUUAUCCAUAAAAAAAAAAAAAAAAAAAAACAUGUUUUGUUUAUGCCCAAAUUGCUGCAUUUGUUGUUCAUUUUCUUUACUUACCUGUAAACAUUUUGAAAUAAAAAUCUUACCAUUUAA